AUGAGAGGUUACGCUUUUGUCACGUUUGAAAAUUCCGAAGACACUGCCAAGGCGGUUGAAACCAUGAACGGUACCGAGUUCGAUGGCCAGACUCUCCAGGUCGAGUUUGCCAAGGAAAGAAAGGAAGAUACUCGUGGUCAAUUCAGAGUCAAGGUCACCAACCUUCCAGAUGGUACCGCAUGGCAAGACUUUAAGGAUUUUGUUCGUGACAAAACCGAGCUGACUCCUACAUUCGCCAAGGUCUUCCGUGACUACGAGAGUGGUGAGGUCAUUGGAGCUUUGGAGUUUGGUUCCAGAGAGGAAUUAGACAAGGCAGUACCCUUGUUGGACAAGGCUGAAUUCCAAGACGUCGUUUUGGUGGCCGAAGAAGACAUUUCUCCAUUUGUGCCGCCUCCUAGAAGAGGAGGCUUCCGUGGUGGCCGUGGAGGAGGCUUCAGAGGAGACUUUAGAGGUGGCCGUGGCCGUGGAGGAUUCAGAGGUGACUCCAGAGGUGGUUUCCGUGGAGGCCGCGGUGGUUACAGAGACGACUUUAGAGGUGGAUUCCGUGGUGGCCGUGGAGGCUAUAGAGACGAUUUCAGAGGCGGUUCCCGUGGAGGCCGCGGUGGAUUCAGAGGAGGCCGUGGUGGAGAAUACGACUCUUACCCCCCUCGUGAUGGUGGAGAUGGUGGAUAUCCCGCUCAAGAGAGCUAUGGCAGAGAGGGCCGCGACGACGGCUACGAUUCGUACACCCGUGACAGAUCUCCUACCAGAUAUUGA